UUGCAAGGCGUAUGUAGCAACGUGCGUGACAUUUUAGCUUGCUCGCCGCACAUACACUACUGAUUGGUAUUUACGCUAAAAUAUUUUACAGUCUGUAUGGUUUGGCAAUGAAUAAUAAGCAAAUAAGACGCAGAAAUGUUUCUGCGAAACCCAUUUCUGCAAACGAAAGCCCAAAAGUUAGUCAUAGCAAUAGCAAGCGCCGCAUGUCACACAGUAAUAGGUCAUGUAUCUUCAGUCUUCUAUUUUGUUUCUGCGGGUGCAUUCUCAUUGCAUUUGUUACUGGUUUGUUCAUGUGUCCAUUCGAAACCGUGAUGAAAAUUGAAGACAUCGUUAACGUCCAGUUAAAGAAUGCUUACGCAGUGAAUUCUUUACUCUCGACAGGAAAAAAGCUCCACAACAUUUUUCCUACACCAGAAUGCACCGUGGAAGGAAAAGACAAAUUGUUAUACGCUGGUUUGGCUGAUGGUAGAGUUGUGUGCAUCCAUCCUUCAAAUGAUGGGGAGAUUGGAGCAGGGAAAGUGGAAAAUAUUACCACUGGUGUUAUACAAGGAGCUGUCAAUACAUAUGAUGCAUGGGGACAUGGACGGCCCUUUGGACUAAGAUUAGUGGGGGAAACUUUAUAUGUUGCUGAUGCAAUUUAUGGGCUUUACAUGGUGGAUAUUAAACUGAAAAAAAUAUCAAUUCUGGUAUCACCUGAUGCAGUGGUACCAAACAUUAAUUUUGCCGAUGACCUUGAUAUAACUACAGAUGGAAAUUUCAUUUAUUUUUCGGAUGCAACUAAAAAUCAGCUAACACACUAUCACUUUGAAGUGUAUAGUGGGAUUUGUAGUGGCAGAAUUUUUCGUUACAAUUUAAUUUCGAAAAAGUUGGACAUCGUGAUUACCAAUCUUUGUUUUGCAAAUGGUGUUCAACUAUCUAACAAUGAACAUCAGUUGGUUGUGACAGAAACAAAUCGCAACCGUAUCACCUGGUAUGAUAUCGAAACAUGGAAACCAUUACAUGUAGUUAAUCUACCAUUUAAGCCCAACAAUGUCCGUAUAACUGACAGAGGGACUUACCUCGUUGCUGGUUCUGGUCCGUUCCUACGACCUAUGAUUAAAAGUAUUUUCUUCAAUUUUCCUUUACUAAGAAAAAGCAUAAGUGGCCUGUUAUCUGUUCAUGCAUUAGACACGCUGUAUCAAGCUAUGUAUGAUGAGAGUCAUUGCUUUUUGGUUGAAUUGAAUGACUUUGGUGAGGUGGUCAAUGUAAUGCAAGGCACUGAUGGGAAGUUAGCAUAUGCCAUUGCAAGUGGUAUUGAACUAAGUGAUGGAAGAAUAGCAUUGGGAACAUGGGCUGCAGAUCAUAUGGCUAUUAUUGAUAGAUAAAUUUAAACUAUAUUUUGAAAAAAUCCUCCUUAAACUGAUGUUUAGUUGUAUAUUUUAUUACAACUGUUAUGAAACUUAAAAAUAGCAUUGGGAACAGGCAAUGCCCAUAUUCUUACAGCAAGACUCUUGCUAUUAAUGGUAUAUCAAUUUAAACUAAUAUUUUUAGCAUAAUUGCUGCACUGUUGUUCAGUUAGCAUUUUUUCGCAAUUGGUUAGAAUUUUAAGAAAAGCAUUUGGAAACUUACUCUGUCUAUAGCCUUCAGUUAUUAUUCCUUUAAAUGUAAAUUAUAAUUGUGCAACAGAAAUUUAUUUAAUACUGCUUUGGUAUUCUUUUGAAGCAUCAAUAUAUAAUCACGUACAUUGGUAUUCUUUGUGUAUCUUAAUAUAUAUUUUUUUGUUUAUGUUUUUUUACUUUGUCCUUUUAGUUUUAUAAUUUAAUAUAUAUAACAUAUGUAUAUAUAACAUAUGUAUAUGUCAAAUUUACUGCGUUUUGUUCAUCUGUUUCAAGUUGUGUUUAAUGUUCAAUUGCUGUGCGCUUAUUUUUUCCUGCAGCCCUAGGAUGGUAAUCACUGUUUAAAACAUAUUAUUAAUGCAAACAAACUAUUAAUUACCCAUCUU